CCCUGCUCCGGCUUCGGUUUGCGGCGGCCGGACUCUGUUGCCAGCAGCGCCGCCCCGGUCUCCCCGGGACCCCACCGACGCGGCGACCCUGCUUCCCCCGCCUCGCCGCGCGCACGAACCCCAUGGCCACGGCCUCGCACUCCCCCUCCAGCCCGCAGCCCUUCAAGCUCAUCCUGGGGUCGUCGUCGGUGGCGCGGAAGCACAUCCUCGAGGCGAUGGGGCUCGAGUUCCAAGUCAUGACUGCGGACAUCGACGAGAAGAGCAUCAGGCGGGAGAAUCCCGACGACCUGGUGAUGGUUCUUGCCGAGGCCAAGGCUGAUGCUAUCAUAUCCAGAUUGAACAUUGCUGAUUACCAGAAAGAAGGCAAUCAACCAACACUCCUGAUCACUUCAGACAUAGUGGUCGUCCAUGAAGGAAUUAUUAGGGAAAAGCCAACCACCAAGGAAGAAGCACGCCAAUUCCUGAAAGGUUAUUCUGGUGGUCAUGUGUCAACUGUUGGAUCUGUAGUUGUAACUAAUCUUACAACUGGGAAGAGACUUGGAAGUUUGGACAAAGCUGAGGUUUAUUUCCACGAUAUACCAGAUGAGGUUAUCGAGAACUUGAUCGACGAGGGAGUAGUAUUUAGGGUUGCAGGUGGCUUGCUGCUUGAACAUCCGUUGACACUGCCAUUUGUCGAAGCAGUGGUUGGUUCUAGCGACAGCGUCAUGGGUCUCUCGAAGGAAAUCGCAAACAAGCUAUUUCACGAUGCACUGUCUGCUUAGCCAAGCACUUUUGGCGUUAUUGUCGUUAAUCAAAUUCUUUUGCGCUCACCGGGAGAGUGGAGACAACAUCACAGAGACAGCGUGCCAAGGCUUGGGGGUAACUCAUAGUAAAUUAGUGAUUGUUAUAAUUUCAAACACGAUGUUUUAAAACAAUGGUUAAUUGAAUCUGUGACAUUACAAUUUCUCGAGUUCACUGAUCUGUCAUUACAAUUCACCUAUUUGGAGAUAUGCCAUUAUAAUUCGUUCUUU